AUGAAAGAACCCAAACUUAAUGAAUACAUUACCGUUCCGUUGGUUUUUAUUUGCUGUUCUUCCUCUUCAGAAUCAUCAUCACCAUUAAAUUAUUAUUUUCUUGAAAAGGAAUUUAAUGGAAAGAGAAAUGAUCAUGUUUCGUAUGCUAUUUGUUUGAGAAAGAGAUUAUAUUUUUGGGAAGAUGAAUUUGAUCAGGGAAUGAUAAUUAAUAUGAAAGUGCAAUUGAUAAAACUAUUAACCAUCCAGCAGCAUGAUUAUGGAAAAUUUGAAAAGUUUAAUUUUGAGGAAUUAACAUUGAAAUGA